UCUGAAUAAUGUUUAGAAACAAGUAGAACGCGGAGAGUGCGGGACGUGUGCAGCGUUGCCGGAAAGUUUUGAAGUUCGCGCAGUGAGUUCAGUGAUACAGGAGAGUUUAGUGAAAACACAUGGUUCGCCAUUCCGGCCACGGCAUGGAGACUACAUUUUAUGAAGAUCAGUAUCCCCUCAACGUACCAGUGGAGAACCUGAAACGUUCCCUAACCCUGGACUUGGAUUUGAGCCGAGGGGGGAAGCGAUCACGGAUCACCGCCCCCGUUCUGUCAUCCCCAGAUCUUCAGCUUCUAAAGCUGGGAUCACCAGAACUUGAGAAAAUGAUAAUUCAAAACGGAAUGAUCACAACAACACCUACACCUAAUGCGGCGCUUUUUACUACAGUUGCACCUACGGAAGAACAAGAAAUGUAUGCGAGACCCUUCGUGGAGGCUUUGGAUAAGUUGCACCAUAGUGACCCUCAGCUGUCAACGCCGAUCGGCCGGCGAGUGUACGCCGACCUGGACCGACCGCUAGAGCGGUACCCCACGCCCGUAGUCAAAGACGAGCCGCAGACCGUGCCGAGCGCGGCUAGCUCGCCGCCGCUGUCACCCAUCGACAUGGACACUCAGGAGCGUAUCAAGCUGGAGCGGAAGAGGCAAAGGAACCGAGUGGCCGCGUCCAAAUGCCGGCGGCGAAAGUUAGAACGUAUCUCUAAACUGGAGGACAAAGUGAAGAUCCUGAAGGGCGAGAACGCGGAGCUCGCGCAGAUGGUGGUAAAACUAAAAGACCAUGUGCACAGACUGAAGCAGCAGGUGCUGGAGCAUGCGAAUGGUGGCUGCCACAUCGAGUCCCACUACUGAUUGCGCCACCGCCACCGCUCCUCCACAUUCCAUGCUAGUCGCGCCCGCUAGGACGCAGCAUACAAAGCGAUUUGUGAUCUUAAUUUUAUUGUGUAAUAUAUAGUUAAUGAACACUAGUGUGUAAGGUGUUGAAGUCGCUACGUUAAGAAUGCUGUGGACUUAUCGUUAAGUUUGAGAGUUUAGGAUGCCAGUGAUACGCUGAGGCAGAACCUCCGCUCGGUCAUACCGACUGUGCACGUAUGUUGUUUAUGAAACUACUUAGGGAUGAAUGUACUUAGCGCAAGUCACAACUUCGAAAGCUUUAGCUUGCAUUGUAAGUUGAAAAAUUGUUGUUUUCCUUGUAUCAGUAUUGCAUUGUCUCAUUAAGAAUAGUGUAGAAACUAGAAAGGAUAGCCGUGCAACGUCAUUAGUGUGCAAACUGAGCUAGAUGGACGCAGCGUUGCCAGUUCUACGGCGAAUUUACCGUUUCGGCUUUGUUGCCACACUUACACUGAAUUUUAUUAUAUUCAUGUCGAAUUGACCGAGCAAUAACAUUGUAAUCGCACCGUUUUUUAUGACAAUUUCAUCGGGGUCAUGAUUACAUUGUACAGAGCAAAGAUAUCUGUCAGAUUAUACGACAAAGCAAUAGGUGUGAACGAGACGGCGCUAUUGUAAAAGUGGCAACAACGCAUCAAACGAAGUCACGAGCGGAUGUUCUGCUAAUUAAAAUUCCGCCUGCGCCGCCCUCGCGGAAUGGCGGCCAUGUGUUCGCUUGUCGGACGUUCCCAAUAGCAUUUUGGUUGCACAAGGUUAAAUUUUAUUAAUUGCGACAAUGGCGUUGCCUUUGUAGUGAGAUGAGGUGUCUUUGUUAUUUAGGCUUAAGACAAAAAUGUGCUUGCGAGAGUCUGGGAUCGUGUGCGAGACAUGUGUGCCUUGCGUGAAAGAGAAAGCGUGUGUAUUGCGCAACCUAUUUUCCCGAUAGGUACAUUUUAAAAUGUUUUCUGAGAACUGACCCGGUGCUCUUUACUAUUAUAGAGGACGCGAUUGUAUCGCGAGGCCGUCCGAUUAAAUAUUAUUUGUAAAAGUAUGGGAGGGCAUUUCGAAAUGAGCGACAGUUUGUGCAUGAAGAUGAGUGAAUGAGAGACGCAAGUAUUUAUUGGUGAGCGUGAUGAUGUUUACAUUAAGGAUGAAGUAGCAAUCUCGAGUGCCUACGCUUUGUAAACUAAAGCCUGUAAUUUUAUUGUUUUUGUUACCAAUAAUGUGCUACACAGCAAAUAAUGUUCUGUACCAUUGUCUUCUGUAGGUUACUAUAGGUAAUGUAAUACCAAUUAACAAAUGUAAAUUGUUAUAAGGGACAGGGCCGACGGCGCGAGUUUUCCCAAGUGACCCGCAUUGUCGGCCCUUCCCUAUUUGUAUUUUUUUUAUACAAAAAAUGAUUCGUCAGAAUGUUAACAAUAAUUUGUAAGUUUAUAAAAGAUAGAGAACAGUUAUACUAAAAUAAUAUAUUUCUAUGAAUUUAACAAAGUAUAUUGUUUUAUACUGAAAACAUAUUGUAUCAUAAAAUGAAUGAAGAGAAAAAUAAAUUACGAAGAUUAUUAUAUCCUUUA